UCCUGCUAGCUCACGCAGACACUGUUCUUCUGCCGUUAUCAAUAUUUAUUGCCUCCUCAAUUCUUAGUACCGCAGCUUAAUUAACUCGCAUAUUCCCCGCCUCUGCCUCUGCUCCAUGCCAUGUUCUUGAAUUUCUCUCGAAUUGUUUUCUUGCUCCACAGCAGAGGCGCAUUUGCCGGAGAUUUAUAGUAGCCUCCCACUUUGCUCCCCUCCCUGCUUGUCCCUUUCCCUCAGUGGGGGUUGGCAUCUGACCCAAGCAAAGCGUCGGUUCUCGCAAUUCCUGCCCACGCUUCUUUUUGGCUUAAUCUGUGUGCAAGAUCUGAUACAAAGGGGGAGGCAAACCAAGAGAGGAGGGGUUCUUGUGUGGAGUUCUUUCAGCAAUGAGGCCCGACGCGCGGCUGGAUUCGGCGGUGUUCCAGCUCACCCCAACUCGGACCAGGUUUGAUUUGGUUCUCAUAGUGAAUGGCCGGAAGGAGAAGAUAGCCUCCGGCUUGCUAAAGCCGUUCCUGGCACACCUCAAGGCUGCCCAGGAUCAGAUUGCCAAGGGAGGGUACUCGAUCACGCUUGAACCGAAUUCAGGGGUCGAGGCACCAUGGUUUACCAGAGGCACGGUGGAGAGAUUUGUGCGCUUUGUGAGUACUCCGGAGGUGCUUGAGCGAGUGACGACAGUUGAGUCUGAGAUUUUGCAACUCGAGGAUGCUAUCGCUAUACAGAGCAAUGAUAAUCUUGGGUUAAGAUCAGUAGAAGACCACGGAGGGAAAUUGACAGAAAGCAAUGAAGGUAGCCGGUCAAAACAUGAUAUGGAUGCAGAUAAGGCAAUUGUGCUCUACAAGCCUGGAUCAGAAUCUACGCCAGCAAUGCAGGAUGAGACUACAGCACAUGAGGAGAAUUCAAAAGUUCAAUUGCUCAGAGUGCUUGAAACCCGUAAAAAUGUCUUACGGAAAGAGCAGGCUAUGGCGUUUGCUCGUUCUGUGGCGGCUGGGUUUGACAUUGAUAGCUUGGGUUACUUGAUUGCAUUCGCAGAGCGCUUUGGUGCUUCACGUUUGAUGAGGGCAUGCUCACAGUUCAUUGAACUGUGGAAGCAAAAGCAUGAGACUGGACAAUGGAUUGAAGUUGAACCUGAAGCAAUGUCUACGCGCUCUGAAUUUCCUCCCUUUAAUCCAUCUGGCAUUAUGUUUAUGGGAGACAACAUGAAGCAAAACAUGGAACCGCUUUCUGUUCCCAACGGAGAGACCAAUGGCGAGGAUGCUGCUAAAGCUGAUCAGAAAUCUGGUCAGCAUGCAGGAUAUCAAGCAGCAUACCCCCCAUGGGCAAUGCAUCCUCCAUCUGGUGCAGCUGUUUACCCACCUUAUCCUAUGCAAGGCAUGCCAUACUAUCCUGGAGUGAAUCCAUACUACCCUCCAUAUCCUCCUGUGGAUGACCCUAGGCAUCACUACUCGGGAAGGAGAUCAUCGAGGAAGCACUCGUCGGAUAGUAAAGACUCAGAAACACUGGAGGAUGGAAGUGAUGACAGCAGUUCAGAAAGGGGGAGUUCUCAUGGCCACAAGUCACAUAAAAAGGGCAAGCGCUCAGGGAAGAAGAAACCUAGUGUAGUUGUUAUUCGGAAUGUGAAUGUAACAUCAAAAAAACAUCGUUCAUCAGAGAGUGAGUCGCAAUCAAGUUCUGAUGCUGGGUCUGAGGACAGUGAUGAUUCACACCCUAAGUCAAGAGACGGGAAGCAUAAGAGCUCAAGUUCAAAGAAAACAAGUGGUAGAAAAACUGCUAUGGGCUCUGGAGAUGAGUAUAUCAAGGAUGAAAGAUCUUAUGGUCAAGAUGCCGACCAAGGAAACUGGAGUUCAUUCCAAAAUUUCUUGCUAAGAGCAGAAGAGAAAACAAGAUCCAAUGACGCAGACCUAUUUUCUGGUGAAAAAGAGCCCCCAUCAAGUAGAAAAAAGAAUGUAAACAGUGCUGAUCCCAUUGUUUUAGCUGGGCGAGAUUCUUAUGAUUUCCAUGAACGAGGGGCAGUAGGCUUUGAUUCAGCCAAUGGGAGGUCUAGAGGUAUUCGAGCGCUAUCCAAUGAUGAACUAGUGAUGUCUGGGGAUGGGAGAAGCUACAUGGAUGGUGAAAUGAAGGAGAUAGAAGCUGCUGGUGGGGCAUACAGGAGAGGGACAAGUGAUGACUUCAUGGUGUAUGGUCAGGGAAGGCCGAUCGACAGGAGGAGUUCAUUGGAUCCUCUUGCAGAGGCCAGGUAUAGGAGUCCCACUCAGGUUGACAAGAAUGGGUACGGUGCGACUGAUGAGUCCUUUAUAAUUCCUGUUAGAUCCGACUCACAUGAUAAUGUUGGACCAGAAAGCCGAACUGCUAUUGACAUCGAUGUCGAGCUUCCUUAUAGCAUUCAGAAAAAAACAGAUAAAAAGUCUGAAACUCAACUUUUCUAUGAGCCAGAUCAAUUGUUGCCAGAGCGUGGAUUUGAUGAUGCUUCAUUUGGAUAUGACCCGGCAAUGGAUUACGAUAGCCACAUGCAGGUCCAAACCAUUGUCAAGGUUGAAGACAUAAGUGCAGAGGAUGUCUCACCGAGUAUUGAUAAUGACACAAAGAAGCCAGAGAAACAGAAGCCAAGAAAUGCGAAGGAUAGUUUGGAUAAAAGAAAGAAAGAGGCAUUGCUGAGGAGACUUUCAGCUCCAAAGACCCCACUAAAUGAUGCACAAAAACGUGCACAAAAUAUGCGAGCAUAUAAAGCUGACCUUCUGAAACUGAAGAAAGAGCAGGAAGAGGAACAAAUGAAGCGACUCGAGAGGCUAAAACUAGAGAGGCAAAAGAGAAUCGCUACAAGAAGUGGGAAGGAUUCUCCAAAAGCAAGCAAAGAGCACGCAAAUGGCCUGAGUAAAUCGGUCCCGUCAUUUACCGGUGUGAAGAAAGAGAAGGGUGGGACAACUGAACCAUUAGGGGAGCGGCUGAAGAGGCUCUCUGAACCCAAAAGCCUUGCUGGGACAGAUCAUCCUUCCAAUCCAAAGUUGAUCACCGCAGACCAUUCACGCAGAAGAAGCAUGGCAUGAGGGCAGACAACGUGAUAUCUUGAAUUUGUCAUUCAUUCAGCUUGGCAACCUCAUUCGAACCAUGAACAAGAUCCCCAAACUUCCUGUGCAGGGAAAAAAAAGUGGUGUUUGCUUGCCUAUUUACAAGAUUGCCGAUGGAAAGCGAGCUUCUCUCUUACAAAAUGGCCUGGUAUUGACUUUAGAGUUUUGAAGUGGCAUGAUUAUAUUCAUUCUUUGAUUGAAGGUUGGAUUGUAAUAGCUGUGAACCUGUUCUUUUUGUUGAUAAUAUGCUAUAUUACUAUGUAUGUAUCUAGGGAAGGAAUUGGUCAUUGUUUGAGAUAGAUGGUCUCGUCAUUGUGGAUACCACUUUACCCUGGACUUGGCAGCUGGAGGAUUUGGUAGCUCCGGUUGGUAGU